CGUAAUUGUCUCUUGCGCCCUCUUGACCGGUAUCUUAUGUACCGCGGGUGCUAGGGAUGCGAUUUCGCUCUUUUUGAGACCGAAAAUGGAGGGGCUGGGGGGUCAAGUGAAUUUGGCCGAAUGUCCAAGUGGGUGAACGAACACCCAGCCAUUCGGCAUGGUAUGGUAGGUCAUGAUUGCGGUGAGACCAAGUGAUGCACAGGGAAGGAUCGGCACUGGGGAGAGAGGUGGAGUUGACGUGGCGAGCGGCCACACAUCCUCACGAUGCCACACACGGAGACGUCAGUGGAGGGCACUCACUCUGGUCCUGAGCCGACGGCGUCGGCGGAAUGGCGCGUGCAAGGACUCGAUUAGGAAGGCAGUAAGCGAAGGGGUGCGUUCAGACUAUCAUGGGUGGUGCCAACGACCAAGUCAAGGACUGGAAGGGGUGAGAAAAGGCGACGAGUCGAGGGAAUGCCGUCGCCCACGACCAGGAGGUGAUGACGAGGGGAGGACAACAGCGGGGGAAGAAGAGUGGUGUGAUGGCGCCACAUAGUGGGGGGUAGAUAUUUCAGCGUCGUCUUGAGCGUCUAAAGACGAGCGAGCAGCAAGAGCCGUCGAGAAAGAGGUCGAGAGGGAG